AGGCAAAGUGUGGGAGGAGAGCGGGGGCCACGGGCCAUGCGCCGCCGCCUGUGGCUGGGUCUGGUGUGGCUGCUGCUGGCCCGGCCGCCCAGCUCUGCGGGGACCCCCAGCGGGCCGAGGAGACCGCGCAGCUACCCACACCUGGAGGGCGACGUGCGCUGGCGGCGUCUCUUCUCGUCCACGCAUUUCUUCCUGCGCGUGGACCCCAGUGGCCACGUGCAAGGCACCCGCUGGCGUCACAGCCCGGACAGUGUCAUUGAGAUCCGUUCCAUCCGUGUGGGCGUCGUGGCGCUCAAGGCAAUACACACGGGCUUCUACGUGGCCAUGAAUCGCCGUGGCCGCCUCUAUGGUUCGCCAGUCUACACUGCGCACUGCAGGUUUCGAGAACGCAUCGAGGAGAACGGCUUCAACACCUAUGCCUCGCUCCGCUGGCGCCGCCACGGCCGGCCCAUGUUCCUGGCGCUGGACGGGCGCGGGGCUCCCCGGCGUGGAGGCCGGACCCGCAGGCACCACUUGUCCACCCACUUCUUGCCUGUCCUGGUCUCCUGAGACCCCCGGGGGCCGCCAGGAUUCGGAAGCCACCGUGCUGGGGCCAGUUCACCUCACAACCGGGACCCUGGGGGAACCCCGCUGGGAGCUGAGGUCAGAGGAGGCAGGGUCAGGGACUGAGACCAGCACCCCAAGGUCUAGCUAGUGUGGCCUGCCAGAC